GAGGAGGCAGGACUCUGAAGAAUCUGUGCUACUCUUUGAUCUGAGAGAAAUUAUCUGAUCCCAAAACACGAGAGCCUGAAGCAGUCUUCAGUAUACCUUGAAAAUCAGCACAAGAAGCCAUCCGUUUGCUUCUGGUUUGUGAAGCUUUCGUCAACUCUUUGAGGUCAAAAGCCAGGAACUUGAAAAGCUACUUAAAACAUUGGAAAAAUCUCAGAAGACUUUUCAAGUUUUAAGAAGUCAGAAGUGCCUGUGCUUCCUGUUUCCCUCGGAGAAAUAUCAACCUGCAGAGAGUGUGGCGAACAGUAAAAUGGCCAGAAAAUCGUAAACCAAAGUAUUUAUAAAUGAAAUUUAAGCCGUGAUGCAAGGAAAAUUUUGGGCAAACAAGCAAAGGUCUGCUCAAAAUUCACAAGAAUUCCAGCAAGGACACAUAGAACAGCUUCUGUACCAUUUAACAUUUAUUGACCUUUUGUCUGAAGUUUGAAAGAGACUAAUGUGACAUGAGGUCCAUUUGAGAAUUUCAAGCUAAGAAUAUUGGCAUUACCAACAUUAACAUAAUUUUUGAAAGUAAAUUGCCAUAAAGGGUGGUAAACUUUUCUGCUCAAGUAUUGGAAUUCGAAAUGGAUGACAAUCAGCGAGGUUCAACACUGGAAAGAAUUCCUUACCCAAGACCCAUCGGAGUGCCCAUGGCAAGGGUACAUGAGUGCCUUGGGAUGACUUUUGCAGAGGGUUUGCCAUUAUCUUUUCCUGUUGAUUCUGCAUACCUGGAUGGUACAUAUCAUGAAGGAUAUGUCAGAAGGUUGUCUUAUCUACCUUUCCACAGCCACUUGGGGAUCUAUGAUUAUUCCUUUGAGCCAGCUUUUAUCAGAAAACGCAAUGAAAGGGAACGGCAGCGGGUACGUUACGUUAAUGAAGGCUAUGCACGACUCAGAGAACAUCUCCCUGAUGAUUUUGCAGACAAAAGACUGAGCAAAGUAGAGACCUUAAGGGCUGCGAUCAACUACAUAAAACACCUUCAGGAGUUACUGAACCCUUCAGAGAUUAAAGAGAGAAGGUCUCAAUCUCCAAGAGCUGUGGAGGUCCACAAGCUUCCUUGCCCUGAUCAACGGAGAGAUGGUAAUAGUGAUGGAGAAUCCAAAUCCUCUUCACCCUUUAGCGAACUUGGUGAGCUAAGCAGCUAACCGACAUACUUGAUGUAAUAAAUGCAGUCUAUUUAACAAGCAGUCAUCUAUUGUCUUUGCAACAUACUGUUUGCCCGACCUUUUUUAGUAUGAACUGUAGUCUGUUCCAUCAUGCAGAAAUGGUCAUGCAGCAAUUCAUAUCUAUAUGAACCAUGAAUGCUUUCUCAUUAGCCAAUCCAUCUCCAAGGCUUGGCAGGUAAACAGAUGGAAACAAGAAGUAAGAAGGUAGAACAUACAAAAUUUACAAAAUUCACACAGUAAAUAUAAAAUUCACAAAAGGUUACAUAGUGAAGGUAAUUUUGGAUAAAUCCUUGCUAUUCAAACAAUGGAGGAUGUUUUAAAGUUUGUCCACGUUGACAUUUUCAUUUGGAGCUUCAAUUAUUUGUCUCACUCAAAGCAAAAUCUAUAUACAAACAAAGCUGAAGAGGAGGGAGAAGACACAGCAGAAACUUUGUUGGUGACUGAGAUCUGGAUCAACACUUUUUCACAAAACCACAUAUAUCCAAGUAA